CUCCAUAACCUCGAAAAUCGCCCUGGAGAAAAAAAAAACAAAUGUCUCCCAAUAAAUGAGUCACUUGUAACAACAGCAACCAAAUAUAAAAUAGCAAUUAAAAAAAUGGCACAUUUGGUGAAGGACGUCCAACUGCCAAGUGUCAUUCCAAAAUUGCUUCUAGAAAAACACACGAAUUAUUUAGUUUCAUACGGGACAAACAAAGAUGAUUACAUGUACUGUAUGACGGAAUAUUUGAGGAUGUCUGGUAUGUACUGGGGUUUGACAGCUCUGGAUCUCAUGGGACAAUUGGACCACACGAGCAAAGACGAAAUUCUCGAGUUUAUAAAAAAAUGUCAGAGCGAUUGCGGUGGGAUCAGUGCGAGUUUGAAUCAUGAUCCUCAUUUACUUUACACACUAAGUGCUGUUCAAAUUCUAUGUAUGUACGAUGCACUUGAGGUUAUUGAUACUGAUAAGGUAGUGAAAUAUGUCAAGGACCGACAAUUACCUGAUGGAAGUUUCACUGGGGAUAUCUGGGGGGAAGUGGAUACGAGAUUCUCCUUUUGUGCAGUUGCCACAUUGUCAUUACUGGGACGAUUAGAUGCUAUUGACGUGGACAAAGCAGUGGAAUUUGUAAAGAGUUGCAUGAACUUUGAUGGGGGAUUUGGAUCUAAACCCGGAUCUGAAAGUCAUGCAGGAUUAAUUUAUUGCUGUCUUGGGCUCUUGUCAAUAACAGGGCAUUUACAUUUGGUAGAUGCCGACCGACUGGGCUGGUGGCUUUGUGAAAGACAAUUACCAUCUGGAGGAUUGAAUGGGAGACCCGAAAAAUUGCCUGAUGUUUGCUACUCUUGGUGGGUACUCUCUUCUCUCACAAUUCUCGGAAGGUUACACUGGAUUGAUAAAGACCGACUGCUGGAAUUCGUCCUGUCUUGCCAGGAUACAGAGACUGGAGGAUUCUCUGAUCGACCUGGUGAUAUGGUAGAUCCGUUUCACACAUUGUUCGGUCUCACUGCCAUUUCUUUAUUAGACACCGAUCAUGGGCUUAAGCCAAUUAAUCCCACGUUUUGCAUGCCUGAAUACGUGAUUAGAAAAAUUGGAUUGAAACCUUCUAGGCUAGAAAGAUGAUAAGUACCUUGUCGAGAAUAGCUUUUGCAGCGACACAGGCAUGAAAAUUACACAAAUGUACAUUCUUAUUUAAAGUAUUAAGUAAUAAAAGAUUCUUAAAUUGAAAAUCUCACCAAUUUCCACAUAAUCUUAAAUUUUUAUUCAAUACGAACUCUACAACUGUCAUAUAUUACACAAACAAUAAGUGAGAAACAAUAUUCACCAUUUCAUAAACUAUGUGUAAAAAUAGAACUCCAUUCUUUCGUACGUCGCAUAAGCUGAAGGAAUGUUCUAAAGUCAUUAACUCAAUGAACAUGUCUGAUGAAUGGUACGCUCGUAUUUUCCCAAGGCAAGAAAAAUUCAUUCAAUUGUCCCUAAAAAAUGGUUUCAUUCUCUUAUUUGCGAGGAUCAUCGGCCCACCACAACCAAAAGACUUGAACUCUCGCUAAUUAAUUUAUACAGUCAUAUCUCAGCAAUUUUCACCCUCUAGAGCGAUUCAAUACUCGAAGAGAAACGCACAACGCAAAAGUAAGAAUGGAUUCAUAU